AUGGUUCGAGAAGGCAUAGUCUUGGGUCAUAAAAUCUCUCACAAAGGGAUAGAAGUGGACCAAGCCAAGAUCGAGGUAAUAGAAAAGCUACCCCCUCCUGUGAACGAAAAAGGUAUAAGAAGUUUCUACCGCAGGUUCAUAAGAGAUUUUUCCAAAAUAGCUAAACCUUUAACUACCCUGUUGGUUAAGGACAAGGCUUUCAUCUUUGGUAGAGAGUGUGUCGUUCUUUUUGAAACUAUAAAAAAUAAAUUGGUGACGGCACCAAUUGUCAUUGCUCCAGAUUGGUCUCUACCUUUUGAGAUCAUGUGCGAUGCUAGUGACAUUGCAGUGGGAGCAGUUCUUGGGCAACGUAGAGAUAAACAGUUGCAUGUCAUAUAUUAUGCUAGUCAUGUUUUGAAUGCUGCACAGAUGAAUUACGCGACUACCGAGAAGGAGUUGUUAGUUAUGGACUCUAAGCCAAGACUGUUGAGAUGGAUCCUACUCCUCCAAGAGUUUGAUAUGGAAAUUCGUGACAAAAGAGGGUGUGAAAAUACUAUGGCAGAUCACCUCUCUCGGAUGUCCCCCAUAGAGGAGAAUGAGGAAAAGCGUCCAAUAAAGGAUGAGUUUGCUGACGAACACAUCCUUGCGGUUAUUGGAAUGCCAUGGGGUGAUAGAACCGCUGCCCAAGUCCUCCAGUCAGGCUUAUACUGGCCGAAACUUUUCAAAGACGCUCAGCAAGUAAUCAAAGAGUGCGAUAAGUGUCAAAGGACGGGAAACAUCUCGAAAAGAAAUCAGAUGCCGCAAAACCCCAUGUUGGAAGUUGAACUCUUCGAUGUUUGGGGUAUUGACUUUAUGGGACCGUUUCCACCUUCAUUUGGAAAGAAUUACAUUUUGGUGGCGGUGGAUUAUAUAUCUAAGUGGGUAGAAGCAGUUGCUCUACCAACAAAUGAUGCAAAAGUGGUAGUCAAGUUUCUGAAAGAAAACAUAUUUGUCAGGUUCGGAGUGCCAAGAGCUCUAAUAAGUGAUGAAGGAAUUCACUUCUUAAAUCACCUAAUGGAGAAGCUACUCUUGAAGUAUAAUGUAAAACAUCGGAUAGUCACUCCGUACCACCCGCAAACAAGUGGUCAAGUUGAAGUGUCAAAUAGGCAGCUGAAACAAAUCUUGGAGAAGACGGUUAACGCUUCUCGCAAGGAUUGGGCGAGUAAGCUUGAUGAUGCGCUUUGGGCAUACCGAACUGCUUUCAAAACACCGAUUGGUAAGAAUAUAUCUCCCCGAGUAGACAAAAGAAAAAAUGUGGUGGAAUCAUCCAGGCCACAACAAAGAGCGAGAAGAACCCCGAAUGAGCACGACAUUAGGUUCGAAAACUUGGAGCACCAAAAGAGGUAUGUGGUUCAUCUUAAAAGAAACUUAAGCCCCACCAGGUACAUGUGUAAUGACACUUUGCAGGAAUUGGGAUUGCAAGCUGAGGUUCACCGUAGGUUCCACACCUUAGGAAUGUUGGAAUUCAUGCAGCUAGAAGGGCCAACUUUCGUGCGCAUUACGCUUGAAUUCCUGAUUACCAUUGAAUUUAAGCUGAAAAAGUUAGGGAGUAUCUUAAAACUCCCAGUAAUAGGCCCUGGAACGGUGCUCGAUACGUUUGUCCCGGCGGAAUUUUGGACCGCUAUAACAGUAUUUGUAGCUGACUACUGUGGGAGAGUUGGUCGCGCUACUUUAGGCGAAAUUUCGGUUGGCGGCAUGAUCACACAGAUUGCCGAUCAUUUGGGAUUUGGUGCUGCGCUGGCUGACUCUCCACAGGUGCCGAGUAAAAAUAAACUGGACAUGGCCGUAUUGAUCCAAUAA